CAGCAAAUAAGCAUAGGCAGAAGCUUAGCAAUGGCCAUCACCAAGCUUGCGGUCGUUGCCAUGCUUGUGAUACUACUGCAUGUGUCCAUGUUAUGCGCCGUGGCACAGCACCACGGCGUGAUGACGCUGAACGGGUUCGAGAAAGGCCAGGAAGGCGGGGUGCCGUCGGAGUGCGACGGCAAGUACCACAGCAACAAGGAAAUGAUCGUGGCGCUGUCCACCCGCUGGUACGGGGGCGGCCGCCGGUGCCUGAAGAUGAUCCGCAUCACCAGCGAGCAGAACGGGCGCGCCGCGCAGGCCAAGGUGGUGGACAAGUGCGACUCCAGCAACGGAUGCAAGGACAGCAUCGUGGACGCCUCCGCCGCCUUGUGGAAGGCGCUCGGCCUCAACACCGACAUCGGCGAGGUCCCCGUCACCUGGACUGACACCUGAAACUAUGCAUCGAUCCACCGGUAAGCAGCGGCGGGCGACCGCAAAGACGGCAGUGCUAAUCGGUGCAGUCAUGUCGAGUACGUAUAUACGCAUAUGGCAGAAUAAACUACCCGUAUGGAUAGCAGUGCGGGUUUACGGAGUAAGUAUCUUGUAAUUUAACUAGUCGGUGUUUUCUGUUGUGCAAUAACCCGACCUAGGCUAUGCUGGAGUAUUGUACUACUCUCGUACUGUAUUACGGAAGAAGAAAUGCUAGCUCUUCAGCAGUCUUCACUAAAUAUCUCUAUCUGAGUUCAUCUUU